CACAUGCGCAUUAAGCAAUACACUUGUACAUGACAGCUUCUUGCAGUCGUACAAAAAAAAAUAUAUUGUUUUUAAUUGAGAUUAAAUUAUAUUUUUAACGAAUACAUUAAUUCAAAAUGUGGUGGGAAGCAAUUCCCUCUAUGGCUAUAAUAGUUGGAGCUUUAACUAUUGGAUUUGAAGCAUCAAGAGGAUUUCAUUUAUUGUUUUUUGGAUUCCCUUAUAGAAGGAUUCUUGAUGAAGAUUUUGAUCGAAGAAUGUUCGUACGAGAUGAGCGAAUAAGUGGUUCUCCCUAUAUACCAAUGGGUCUGGACAGUCUUCCGGAUAAACCGAAAUAAUAAAUUUAUAAUAUAUAAUUCUAUUUAGGAAAUAUAAUUAAUUACUUUCAAAAUAUAAGAAUAGAAAUUUAAAUGUUUUCGUUAAAAAGUAUUAAUAAAAUUUGAAAAAAAAGAAAUAAAUGUAAUUUCUAUUA